AUGAAGCUCUUCACCUACAACCUGCUGAGCCUGCGUGUGGGGGUGGGGCCCCAUGGUUUCCCCCUGCACCUCCAGGCCACCAAGGUCCAUAUCAACCCUGAGGACUUCAACCCCGACUCUGUGGCACAUAUGAUCCCCAAGGUGGAAUGGGUGGCAUUUCUGGAGGUGACCAAUACUUUGCAUCUGAUCAAGCUUCCCAAAGGACCAAUACACGGGCAUGAGCGUGAUGAGAAAUUUCUGAGGAAGAUGCACAUACUGCAGGAGACAGAUGUGUUGGAGGGAAUCCUGCAACGUCCAGCAUAUGGACAUAUGCUCCCCAUCAGCCACAGGAUCCCCAGCAUGCUGAUGAGGAAACUGAGACCGAACCACGCCAGGAACCAACUUUUCAUUCAGUGA